UGGUCAAAUAUCUAACAAUUGGUUCGUACAUUAUUGGACAAGUUCAAAACAAGACACCAACUUAACGCAGCCGUGUUUUGCUUCCUUCUCGAAACACCCUACUUUCUCAACUCUUUCCAUCACACGCCUACGUUUCUUUACUUCAAUUCCUUUCUUUCAUUUCUUCUCUCUAUAAUUCCUAUUCUCCCUUAUUGCUACAGUGCUACCGACAGAACCAAGAUUCCUGAUUAGUUUGUAAUUUUAGAUUGUGAAUUUUUCUUUGGUUGUUGAUUUGAGAAAAGUAUGAGUGCGAAUCUAAGAAAUGGAAGUGAGAGUUCCAGCUCGAGUUUGAACAGCAGUUUUCAUGACACGGAGGAUGAUCAAACCAUUGCAAGAAUAUUAGCAGAAGAGCAAACUCUCAAUACAGGUAGUAGCAGACAGCUUGGGAGGCGACUUUCCCAUUUAGAUUCUAUUCCGCAUACUCCGCGUGUUAAUGGAGAGAUUCCUGAUGUCAAUGACGCGACACUUGACCAUGAGACGCUAUCUGAAAGGUUGGUUACAUAUGGCCUGUCAGAACUACAGAUGGAGGGCGAUGGAAAUUGUCAGUUCCGAGCUCUAGCUGAUCAGUUGUUCCGCAAGCCUGAUUAUCAUAAGUAUGUGAGAAGGCAGGUUAUUAAGCAGCUAAAGCAUCAAAAAAAAUUGUAUGAAGCUUAUGUGCCAAUGGAAUACAAAAGCUACAUAAAGCAGAUGAAAAAAUCAGGAGAGUGGGGAGAUCAUGUUACUCUACAAGCAGCUGCAGACCGGUUUGACGCCAAGAUUUGCUUAGUGACCUCUUUCAGAGACACUUGCUAUAUCGAGAUCCUUCCGACUAACAAAAGGCCCACAAGAGAGUUAUGGCUAAGCUUUUGGAGUGAAGUGCACUAUAACUCAUUGUACACAAAUGGAGAUGUUCCUACUAGACAUCCAAAGAAAAAGUAUUGGCUCUUCUAGACAAAUGGAAGAUUAUGAAAUCACAAGAAGAACUACUGAUUAUAUUAUUUUAAAAAACUAAUUGUCAUUACCCUUAUGGGGAAAUAAGAUGAUGCAUCAUAACAUUUAGGUAAUUAUCAUAUUUGUACAUACUACAUCAUGCAAAGCAUAGCUAAACUCAAUGAAUUUAUCUAAACUUUCAUUGUACAGUCUGAUUUCCUGACAAGUAGAGUGCAAAAUAUUUGAGUUGCCUCUGUUUUUCA